AUGAUCCGCCGCCGCCGCCGCUGGUCCACGCUGCAGUACCGCGAGCUGUUCAACACGCCGGUGCCGCGGCUGCAUGCCGUGCGCGACGCUCUGGUGGAGCAGAUGGAGGCGGGGCUGCGCUGCCAGCCCGGCGGCCUGAUGAUGCUUCCCUCCUACGUGGAUGUGCUGCCCAGCGGCCACGAGCAGGGGGACUGCUACGCAAUCGACCUGGGGGGCACCAACCUGCGGGUGGCGCACGUGCAGCUGGGGCAGGAGCGGGGGGCCACCCAGGCGGUGCACAUCAGGCGCGCAUGUGUUGUGGAGUGGCCCAUCCCCGAGGAGCACUACGACACCGACGGCGGCGGCCUGCUGCGGUACGUGGCCCGCUGUACCGCCGAGGUGAACUUCCGGGGGCGGUACCUGGUGGGGCAGGAUGUGGUGGCGGCGCUGCGUGCCGAGCUGGCGGCGGAGGGCCUGCCGGGGGCGGUGGUGCCGGCGGUGAUGAACGACACCGUGGCCACGCUGGUGGCGCUGCGGUACCGCGAGCCCGACACCCAGCUGGGCAUCAUCCUGGGCACCGGCACCAACUGCGCCUACCUGGAGCGCUCGGCGGCCGUCGGGAAGCUGCCCGCCGGCUUUGCGGGGCGCGGCGCCGCCAUGGUGGUCAACAGCGAGUGGGCCGACAUGCGCUGCGCCGCGCUGCCCGGGUGCCUGGAGGACCUGUGGGUGGACUGCAGCAGCACGCACCCGGGCAGCGGCCUGUUUGAGAAGCAGGUGUCGGGGCUGUACCUUGGUGAGGUGGCCCGCCGCAUACUGCUCAGGUGA